CUUCGCAUUUGUUGUCUACUUUCUCAAGCCCAGCCACGAAAUUAGUGUUCAAUGUUUUCAUUUCUGCAGACAAACUUCCUAUCAUCUUAAAAAGUCUCUCCAUUCCUUGUUCCUCCAGAACCUCUUACCCACUAUCCUCACUCAAGUCUCUUAAUUGUUUCCCACUAUUAGAUUUCUUCUUUAUACGUGUCUCUGUCUCUGCUUUUCUCUUCUUAGGUCUUACUUACGCUUAGUACAUAUAAUGUUGGACAAGUCAUGGGUCCAUCUCUGCAGAGUUGAUCCUGCUUAUGAGAGAGGUGCUCGGAAAUUUGUACGAGCUGUGACUGAGGCUUUAGGAGACAUUGAUAAGCUAGUUUGUCCAUGCAUCGACUGCCGUAAUAUUGAUCGUCACUCGGGCAGUGAUGUGGUUGAUCAUCUUGUAACAAGAGGAAUGGAUGAGGCAUACAAGCGGCGGAGUGAUUGGUAUCAUCAUGGAGAAGUGAGCUCUGGGGCUGAAGUAGAAAGCAAAGUAAACCACUGGAAUGAGGAGAUAUUUGACUUAUAUAAAGCUGCUGAAUAUUUAGAUGAAGAGUUAGCUAGUAAAGGUGACUUAGGCUGCAAAGUUAAGGGUAAAAUGGGAUGUCCUAUAUGUGGAAAAAACACAGAUAGUAUGUGGCUGAAAUUUAGCAGAAAGCAUGUUUUUAUGUGUCAUAGAAAGGGAUUAGCACCAACACAUAGUUAUCGGGAUAAGAAGGCAUGGUUUGAUGGGAAAGCUGAACAUGGGAGAAAGGCUAGAAUAUUAACUGGUCGUGAAAUUUCCCAAAAUCUGAGAAACUUCAAAAACGAUUUUGGUAAUGCUAAAGAAUCUGGAAGGAAGAGAACAAGGACUGAAUAUCUUGACUCAGGAUCUGAUAUUGAUGAUGAAUCCAGUGAAUCAGAAGAAGAGGAAGAAGUAGCAGUUGACGAGGAAGAAUUAUCAAGAUGGAAGAAAAGAUCCAUUUUGUUCAAGCUGGAGUAUUGGGAGGAUCUCCCGGUGAGGCAUAAUUUGGAUGUAAUGCAUGUAGAGAGAAAUGUGGCUGCAAGCAUUGUCUCUACAUUGUUGCAUUGUGGAAAAUCAAAGGAUGGUCUUAAUGCUCGUAAAGAUUUGCAAGAACUUGGGAUAAGAAAGGAUUUACAUCCUAGUACACAAGGAAAGAGAACUUACCUUCCAGCAGCUCCUUGGUCUUUAUCAAAGAAAGAGAAGAAAAUUUUCUGCAAGCGGCUUUUUGAUUUUAAAGGUCCAGAUGGAUAUUGCUCUAAUAUAUCAAGGGGUGUAUCAUUAGAGGAGUGUAAGAUAACAGGUCUCAAAUCACAUGAUUAUCAUGUAUUGAUGCAACAACUACUCCUAGUUGCACUUAGAGGAUUGUUACCAAAAGGACCUAGGACAGCAAUCUUUCGCUUAUGCGCAUUCUUCAACAUGUUGUGUCAGCGAGUUAUUGACAGGGAGCAAAUUUCAGUAAUGGAAGCUGAAAUAGUUGAAACUCUCUGUAUGUUUGAAAGAUUUUUCCCACCCAGCUUCUUUGAUAUCAUGGUACACUUGACAGUUCAUCUAGGAAGGGAAGCUCGUCUUGGAGGACCAGUCCAUUUUAGAUGGAUGUACCCAUUUGAAAGGUACAUGAAAGUUCUGAAAGACUUUGUUAGAAAUCCUGCAAGACCGGAAGGUUGUAUCGCAGAGUCUUACCUUGCAGAAGAAUGUGUGCAGUUUUGUAGUGAUUUUCUGAAAAAGUCAACUAGUGUAGAAGAAAAACUGGAUAGAAAUACAGAGUAUGAGAAUAUCUCUAUUCUAGAAGACUUCUCCUCGGGUUUCUUUCUCUCGGCUCGGUGUUAUCACUUGAGAAGCGGUUUCAGGAUGAUUGAAGUAAUCGUCUCGGGACAAGGCAAUGAUAAAUGACCUCGGAUGAGUCAGUGGCUUGGAUGCGUAGUUAGUGACCCAAGAUUAAAGGGUGUUGACCGAG